AAGGGACUCUUAUCUCCCACAACGCUUUGCUGUCUCUCUCUCUCUUCCGGUUGUCGUGCGCUUCGUGUGGUAGCAGACCACGAUCAGAAAUGGCUAAGUCGAAGAACCACACCACACACAACCAGUCUCGGAAGUGGCACAGGAACGGCAUCAAGAAGCCGCGGUCUCAUCGCUACGAGUCUCUGAAAGGGGUGGACCCUAAGUUCCUGAGGAACAUGCGCUUCGCCAAGAAACACAACAAGAAGGGGAGGAAGACCAUCGCCAGGAAGGAGGCGUCCAAAUAGAUGAGGAAAGACCCCAGAGAGUCUCCAGAAGGACUUUACACCAUCCACAAUAAAGCCAUGCUUUGACAAAGUGUC